AGACGGAUUGGGGCCUUGAUUCCCAGUUUGACAUUGAGUGCCCUCCGCGAGAAAGUGUGCAGAAGAUUUUCAGUGAUUUUCUUGCCAUUUUCCCGUGAAUUCGGCGGAAAAUGCGCAUUUGAUACAUCGCGGAAGUGGUCGUGAGUGAUUUGAUGGUGAGAAAUAGCUGAAAACAGUGCGUCAAGAUGAGGAGUCGAAGCAACUCCGGAGUCCGCCUGGACUACUAUCAGCGCAUCGUUCAUCGUCUAAUCAUGGCACAUCAGCAGCCUGUCACGGGGCUCUUUCCUGCCAGUCAAGACAAUCAUCAUGCCUGGAUUCGUGACAAUGUGUACUGCAUUCUGGCAGUUUGGGGCCUCUCGAUGGCGUACAAGAAGAUUGCGGAUCAGGACGAGGAUCGGGCAAAGGCGUACGAGUUGGAGCAGAGUUGCGUGAAACUGAUGCGAGGCCUGCUGAUGGCGAUGAUGCAACAGAAGGAAAAGGUGGAGCGCUUCAAGAGCACCCAGCAUCCGCUGGAUUCCCUCCACGCCAAGUACUCCAGCAUUAACGGACAGACUGUGGUCAAGGACAGCGACUGGGGGCAUCUGCAGAUUGAUGCGGUGUCGCUGUAUCUACUUAUCCUCGCUCAAAUGACAGCCUCUGGACUGCAGAUCAUUUUCUCGCUGGACGAGGUGGCCUUCAUUCAGAACCUGGUGUUCUACAUUGAAUCCGCUUACUGCAUACCUGACUACGGAAUCUGGGAACGUGGCGACAAGACUAACCACGGUGAGCCAGAGCUAAAUGCCAGCUCCAUCGGGAUGGCCAAGGCGGCUCUCGAGUCAAUGAAUGAGUUGGACCUCUUCGGGGCCCGCGGAGGACCGGCCAGCGUGAUUCACGUGCUAGCAGACGAAGCUCACAAGUGUCAGGCUGUGCUGCAGUCAAUGCUGCCUCGCGAGUCCAACAGCAAGGAACUGGAUUCUGGGUUACUGUCCAUAAUUGGCUUCCCGGCAUUCGCUGUGGAUGAUCCGCAACUUAUCGCCAGCACCAGAGAGGCUAUUCUGACCAAGUGCCUGGGAAAGUAUGGGUGCAAGCGCUUCUUGAGGGACGGAUACAGGACACCAAAGGAGGAUCCUCACCGGCUGUACUAUGAACGAUGGGAAUUGCGAAUGUUUGAGAACAUCGAGUGCGAGUGGCCUCUGUUCUUUGGUUAUCUGGUGCUAUUCCAUGCCUUUCAGGGUGAGAACGACAAGAACCUCCUCAGCAUCUACAUGCAGCGCCUCGAGGACGUGAUGGUGCGCACUGAGGAUGGGAUGCGUCUCGUACCUGAAAUGUACACGGUUCCGGCGGAGUCAGUGAGUGAGGAGUACAAGAAUCCUGGCUCUCAAAAGCGAAAGGCUGUUGGCAGAUGUCCUUUUCUCUGGGGACAGUCUCUCUACAUUCUCGGGAAAUUGCUGCAGGAAGGCUUUCUGGCCGUAGGAGAGCUGGAUCCGCUGAAUCGACGUCUGGGCGCCCAGAAGAAACCCGAUGUGGUGGUGCAAGUGGUGAUCCUCGCGGAGGACAAUGACAUCCGCGACAAACUAGCCGAAUACGACCUUCAUGUCCAGACAAUCUCCGAAGUGACUCCAAUAGAAGUCCAGCCGGCCAGGGUUCUUAGCCACCUGUAUACUUACCUGGGCAGGAAUAAGAAACUGGGCCUCUCAGGCAGAAAGUCCCGCGACGUGGGCAUUCUCAGCACCAGCAAACUGUAUUCGCUGAAGGACAGAAUUUUCGCCUUCACGCCACAAUUUUCCGAUCUGACGCGAUUCUACAUUGCGUCCGACAACGAAUUGAUGAUCGAUAUUUUGAAGGGAGAGAUUAAUUUCCUAAAGUCCGCAUGGCAAAAUCUUCUGGGACGUCCUCUUGUGACGCUCUGUAUAAGAAGUACAAGCCUAGAUCAAAAUAAGAUUCCAUUGGCUAUGAUUCAGACAAUGAGAAAAUUGAAGUCAGGCUACAUCAAUGGGACUCGCGUGAUGCUCGGCAAUCUGAAUGACUUCCUGAACACCUCAGCAAUCACGGAUUUAAGCUUCCUGGGGAGCCAGGAGGAUGGCUACCCGGAACGCCUAAAUCCGUCAGUCCAGGCUUAUCUGGACGAGCACUUGCUGCGUUCGUUCAGUCAGAAGAACACGAUGAAUUUGCGAGCUCCGGGCUUGAGGCCGAAGCAUCUUAGGCGGAGGAUGUCCUGUCGUGGGGCGAUUAAAAAGACAAGAUCGAUCAAUGUUGAUAGCGAAUCCCUGGGAAUGGACGGUGUUGUUCUGAAUGAACGAAGAUUGUCAUCCGGAGUGGCUUUGCCGUGGCUGGAGCAGCAACAGUCCCAGCAGCAGGCGAUUGAGCCACCAGUUGAUCGGUCAAGAGUUGAGCGCUCUCCUGGUUUGGAGCCGGAAGAUGGCUAUCCACCCAGCAAGAUACAGGUGCAGAACUACGAUGUGCCGAGGAUUCAGGUGCCAACGGGCACAGGCGCACGCCACAGGAGCGGCGAUACGUUCGCGGACACGGAAGUUGAGGAGCUUCUGGCGAUGCUGCGAGAAACGGAGAGCCUGGAAGAGCAGGGAGACAUUCUGCAGUAUUUGGUGGACACGCAGGGGUUGGACUUCAAUACAGAGAGCGUUGAGAUGGAGCCUAACAAUGCCAAUGCAGACAAUAAUUCCUUUCAAUCUAAUACCAAAGGCAUGCUUGAGGAAGGUCGCGUUGUCACGGUGAGGACGCUGCUCAAGGGAUUGUAUGAGAAAGCGUGCCAGCAGAAGCUGUGGGGCCUCGUGCGCCACACGGCUGGGAUGCUGGGCAAGAGAGUGGAGGAUUUGGCAAAGGCAGUGACAGAUCUGCUGGUCCGACAGAAGCAGGUGACUGUGGGCAUGCCACCGAAUAACGAGCACACCAUUACAGCUCCGCUGCCAGAGGCGGAACUCCGUCAGCUGAUCCACGAGGCAUACGGUGAUGAUGAGAGCACAGCGAUGCUGACCCAGGAACUUCUUGUCUACUUGGCCAUGUUCAUUCGCACGGAACCUCAACUGUUCCACGAGAUGUUACGCCUUCGCGUUGGUCUCAUCAUUCAAGUGAUGGCCAAGGAACUGUCCAGGACGUUGAACUGCGAUGGAGAGCAGGCAUCUGAGUAUCUGCUGAACCUUUCGCCAUUUGAAAUGAAGAACUUACUGUACCACAUCCUCAGUGGCAAGGAAUUUGCUAUUAGCAGUGUGGCGAAGGGUAAUUUCUCCAUCGUGAGCUGCAAGUCCAGUCGCGUGAGCAAGAAGAGCCAGAUUGGCCUGGGGGACAAUGAGAACGACGAUGCGAUGGCGGAGAUUGAUGAUAGACAAGGACAGUGGCUGAGAAGGAGGCGUCUCGAUGGAGCCCUCAACAGAGUGCCUAGGGAUUUUUACUCCCGCGUCUGGGCAGUUCUUGAAAAGUGCCAGGGAUUGGCGAUUGAAGGACGCAUUCUUCCUCAGACCUUGACCCAGGAAAUGACUCCUGGGGAGUUGAAGUUCGCCCUGGAAGUGGAGACUGCUCUCAACACAAUUCCGCAACCGGAGUAUCGCCAACUUGUCGUGGAGGCUUUGAUGGUCUUGACGCUGGUCACGGAGCAUAACAUGGUGCACAAUCUCGGAGGGGUGAUUUACGUGGAGCACCUGGUGCACACAGCCAACCAGAUCUUCCUGGACGACCAGCGUAAGGUCCAGGGCGACGCGACUCUCUGCUGUGCCAAGUCAAAGGAAGUGAAGGAGACCACGGCACAGGGAAUGCUUUUGUGCGGUGGCGCGGCGUACAUUUGUCAGCAUCUGUACGACAGUGCGCCCAGCGGAAGCUACGGCACGAUGGUGUACAUUGCCAAAGCCGUGGCCACGGUGCUGGACUGCCUGCCCAAGCACGGUGACAAGGAUUGUACGAUUAGUUGAAGUCUCGAAGUAGCCAAAUAUGUUUGCUUUCCCGAAAUGUUUCUAGGAAUGUUACUUAUGCGCAGCCAAGCUGUACCACUUGCAUCGCGGAUAGUGGGUAUUGUAAAGACAAUUUUAUUGAGAAAAUAUACAUUUCUGUUGAGU